CGGGUUCGAAAAAUAAUACGCGAUAAAUUGACCAACGAUAAUCGAAUACAGCGACGAGUGAGUGGACGGAAUAAUGAACGAGUGAAGCAAGAACAAUGGCCAACCUGACAGUCCCAAAAAACAGCGGCUAGAUACUGUGUCAGCCAGAGAGGGAGGGAGAGAGGGAAGAGAAGGGAAUAGGUUGAUGUAGAAAACCGCUGUCUAAGAUACGGCAUCCGCUCGAUGUAAUAAAAAAGAACAUAUUGCUUAUAUAGUCGAUUAAACGUUGUAUUGAGUGGUAAAUGGUAGCCAUAACAUCGCGAUGUCUAGCAGCAGGUCGCGUAAAUGUACGAGUAAAUAAAUAAAUAAGAGCGUGGCGAGCGUCAUCUGCAGUGUGUAGCAUUUACAUCUACUUGCACCACCUGAAGACAACGACCGACAGUGACUGCUAGGAAAUAAAGAAACGGCGGAAAACCACGAGCUAUCAGCGGAGAAGAAGGACGGCAGACAAAAUCACAGAGACUGUCAACGUCCUUGUGAUACAGAAGUAAUUGAACAGCGGUUUCUUGUGUUUGAGGGAGAGGAGACUGAAGGGGGUAUCAGUGCUGCAGCGGCCGCCGUGAUGCUGUACACAUGUAGGCACGUUUGAAGCAGUUCAUCCCCGCCCUGUGUGGAUCCGCCGUAAGACCGAACCGAACUGACGGUACAUUAACGGAAUUUAUAGGGGGACGUUGGAAGGCUCUUAUAAGGCGCUGAACUAGUGAUUGAUAAUAUGACGAUAACCUUUAUUAAUAAGUGAUGUAUUAGUACAUGUGUGGAGAAGAUAAAUGACAAGAUUUCUUUAAAUCACUAAUUUUUUCCCCAACAUGGAAUGAUUGAUCCAUGAUCAAUGGAUAGCAGCAUGUUUAUUCCAUCCGAGGUUUAAUACGCUACCGAUGUAUGCCUUCAGUCUAUAAAUAUUUAAAUAAAGACCAAAUUUAGGCCGAUGACUUUCUGAUGACGACAGUAAGGCAGAGAUGUCUUCGUUGUAGCAAUGUAUGUUCACCCCAGUAUCUCUUCAUUAAGAUAUAGAUAAUUACAUUCACACCUUGUGAUUUUCGUGGCUAAUCUCGUUUUUUUGGGGGUGGGGGGGUUUAAUGUAACACAAGCAGGAGACGAUUCAAAUUGAACACGAUUGCUUUCACUUUUAGGUUCUUUCUGCCAUCCAUCUGUCUGUAUUUUGACCAAGUUAGAUAACUUCUGUCUCUAGUCCUUCCUUGCUCGUUCAUCUCACGUUUUUCCAAUUCAAGAAACAUCUUUUCAGUCAGUAACAAGGUAAUAAGACUGUAAGGUUAUAAGAGCCAAUCCUCGCCAUAGGCUUCCUUCCUCGAACAAGCCUCUGCCGCACCACCUUUGCAGCGAUGGAGGCCCCUACGAAGCUACCUCCAUCGAGCCCAUCAUCGCCGACCACGGGCUUCUCUGUGCCGAGCGCGGAGAAGGUAGACGGCUUCCCCCGCCGCUCGAUGCGCCGUGCCCGGCAGCGACGGUCCCAUAGCUCUUCCCAGUUCCGCUAUCAGAGCUCCCAGGUGGAGCUGACGCCGCUGCCCUUACUUAAAGAUGCUCCUGUGGCAGAACUUCAUGACUUGUUCUGUAAGAAGCUACAACAGUGUUGUGUUCUCUUUGACUUUCUGGACUGCGUUGCCGACCUGAAGGGGAAAGAGAUCAAACGUGCAGCGCUGAAUGAGCUUGUGGAGAGUGUGGCCACCAGCCGUGGGGUCCUCAUCGAACCCCUGUACCCAGAGGCCAUUAAGAUGAUCUCAGUGAACAUUUUUAGAACUCUCCCACCCAGUGAGAACCCUGAGUUUGACCCAGAGGAGGAUGAACCAGCUCUGGAAGCCUCCUGGCCACACUUACAAUUGGUGUACGAGUUCUUUUUACGCUUUCUUGAGAGUCCAGAUUUUCAGCCUUCUCUUGCCAAGCGUUAUGUGGACCAGAAAUUUGUACUUCAGCUGCUGGAAUUAUUUGACAGUGAGGACCCCAGAGAAAGAGAGUAUCUGAAGACUAUUCUACACCGUGUCUAUGGCAAACUCCUGGGCUUGAGGGCCUACAUCCGCAAACAAAUCAACAAUAUCUUCCUCAGGUUCAUAUAUGAAACUGAGCGUUUCAAUGGAGUUGCUGAACUUCUGGAGAUUUUGGGAAGUAUCAUUAAUGGCUUUGCUCUGCCCCUCAAAUCAGAGCAUAAGCAGUUCCUGGUGAGGGUCCUGAUUCCCCUGCACACUGCCAAGUCUCUCUCCAUUUUCCAUGCACAGCUGGCUUACUGUGUGGUGCAAUUCAUGGAGAAGGAUGCCACGGUUACAGAACAUAUCAUCAGAGGGUUGCUGAGAUACUGGCCCAAAACAUGCACUCAGAAAGAGGUGAUGUUCCUGGGGGAGGUCGAGGAAAUUCUGGAUGUGAUUGAACCAUCUCAGUUUAUCCGUGUGCAGGAGCCUCUAUUCAAACAGAUUGCUGCCUGCAUUUCCAGCCCUCAUUUCCAGGUUGCAGAGCGGGCUCUGUAUUUCUGGAAUAAUGAGUACAUUCUGAGUCUUAUUGAGGAGAACUGCCAGGUCAUCCUGCCUUUGGUUUUUGGCACGCUGUACAGAGUUUCCAAAGAGCACUGGAAUCAGACGAUCAUCUCUCUUAUCUACAAUGUGCUGAAGACAUUUAUGGAGAUGAACAGCAAGCUCUUUGAUGAUCUCACUGCCUCCUACAAAGUGGAGAAACAGAAGGAACUAAAGAAAGAGAAGGAACGAGCUGAGCUGUGGAGGAAUUUGGAGGAGCUGCAAGAGAGGCGGCCACAGAGUCUGACCGAGGCCAGUAGAAACCAGAAGAACCUGCAGGAAAGAGAGAACACCAAGAGCCUGUCAGAGACCAGUGCUGCCAACACCACCUAGAGACAACAUGCAAACACACACACACACACACGCACAUAAAUAUCACAGCACUGUAAAACAGAGAUUUACCAAUAAUUCCAACUUGGGAACCAGUCAAUGCCUCAAUUCCACAUUCUGAAUCACACACACAUCGUGCAGACACUACUAUCACAAGCACCAGGCAGAGCACAUGUACAACAGGCUGUCCAUAUGUAGAUAUGUUACAAACACCGAAGCACACAUCACACCCUGGUGAGAUAUAAAAGCUAAAAAAAUGAGUACCUCUCACAUGCAUUCUACUCUUCCAUAUGCUACCUAUGCUUUAUACACACCUACCUUUCUGCAUCUUUUCUUUCUAUCCCUUCACAAUCCAGGAUUAUAAACUUCAACAUGCAAAAUAUGCCUGAAUGGGGUCCAAACAUGGAAGACACACAUGUGCACACUCAAAAUCAAACACAUAUGCAUCAUUCAUUGCUGUCAUUCCAAAACUGGCUCUGUUUCUCUCAGGCCCGAUCCGAGGCCCCCGUCAACUGACCAACAGACUCUGCAUUCUGUCAAACACUGGGGAAGAAUGAAGCUGAUAAUGAUGAUCCUAAAGAUGAAAAUUAUACAAUUCUAAUGUUCCUACUUCUACAGCUUAUUCUAUAAAAGUACUACUUCUAUGCUACUAUAACUGAUGUUUUAUAUAUAUAUAUAUAUAUAUAUAUAUAUAUAUAAAUAUGAUAUCAAUGUCUGAUUAUAGUGUUGGUGGGGGUAUUCUAGUGUAGCACCUCAUAAACAUGACUGAAGUAUGCUGCUAGGUAAAACUAAACUUGUUCUGAAGUGACAAUGAUACUUUAGUCUGUUCUUUUCAUCUUUUAAAAAAAACAUUCAAAACAUUUUAAUUUAGCAAUAUUCCCAUCUGUUUUGAAUAAUGUCAGACAAUUAUUUAUUUAUUUAUUUAUUUUUUUUUUAAACCAAUUUGCUUGCUAACACCCUCUCUUUUUUGUUUCUUUUGUGUUUCAGGAAAGAGUCUUUAUUUUGUAAUCUUGUUUUUUGUAUGUUUGUUUUUGGUUGCUUCUAUUGAUUGAUGUAGAGGCUUGAUAAUGGAAAAGGAUCUGCGUUUGUGGGCAUAUUGAGAAAGGAUAGGAAGAGAUUGUGCUGAUGUGUGUAUGUGUGCUUGUGUGUGUGUGUGUGGAUGUUGUAGAGAAGGGGUGUAUUACUAUCUCCAGUUUAGAAGAGAACAGGGAUUGAAUCAGAAUGUACUAUUCACUUUGAGUGUACUUAUAUGCUCAAAUGAACUGCCAAUGGUGAUUAUUGAUUUUCAGUAUAGUCUCUCUCAUUGAGAGAGAAAAAUGAAAAGAGCAAACAAUAUCACUCUUGUUCUUGUCUACAAGAAAGCAAUCAGAUUAACUCCCUUUGUCUGACCUCUGUUAUCGGCAGAAAUAAAACAUUUCAUAGUUACAGAACGGAAAAGAAAAGUGAUAUAGAAUAGAGAUGGCAAUAAAAAUGGACUGAAAUUGUACGCAUACGUAGCAUCACUUAAACUAGAGUUGCACUGUCCUUUUGAUCAAUGUCUUGUGUUUUAACAUAGCAAUGUAUUUUUGGGGGAAAACGGAUUUGGGAUAUGAAUGUAUAAAAGUGGGAUGUAAACAUGAUAACGUGUGUUUAAUAAUUCCGCAUCAAGAGCACUUUUGUCUUUAUUUUCACUCUUAUUAACCUUAGUCACACGAGCCACUUGUUCAGUCUCAAUUAUCUUAUUUUUUUCUUGGACCAAUUCUUUUAUCUAUGAAAUUUGUUCAUUAUUGAAAACUAACCUUUUGUUCAGCUUUAAAUGUAUUAAUCUGUAGUUGAUUUCAAUGACAUGAAGCUGAUACAAGCCUUCCUCAUUCAGUUCACUCCUAAAACAAGAGAAAAUGUUUAUAAUAUUGGUAAAGUUUUCCAUGUAGUAUGAAUAGUGCUGUAAUGUCCUGGGCUAGAUUAAUGGGAAUUGUAAUUACUUACAGAGAUGUCAAAGUACCCGUUUAACGUGCUUUAAAACAGAAAUGUAGUCUGCGAAGCGACAUGGUAUAGGAACAUUUUCUCCUUAGUAGUUUCUGGCAUCUGCUUAUGGGCUCAAACAGGUGAAUUAAGAUCCACUCUCACCUUUAAUUACAUUUAUUUGUGUGCUUCAUAGGAAUAAAGUGGAUUCAACUUCACUCAUCAUCGUUCAGGACUCGCGUGGUCACCGCUAUCAAGUACUCAUGCGAUACUUUCAAAUUUGUACUCAAUAGUCAUUUUGACUGACAUUCUGGGGUUUGAAAUUAAUGCACUUUGAAUAUUGCAUAUAUGGUGAACUGAAGCGAGACAAAGCUUUCCUAAUAUUUUACUCAAGAUCAACAAAGAAUCAUUUUCAGAUAGUUGGGAAGUUAAAGAACUUGACAACUAAAAAACCUGUAACUUCGAGAAAAGACAAAUAAAUGAUUGAAAACAAGACAGCGCAACAUAUGACAUGUUCCCUUGAAUAGUUUUUCAAAAAAAAAAAAAAAAAAACUUUUUCAAUUUCAUUCAGUCCAUUAUAGUAUUCGUUCGUUUCAAUUAAGUGUGAAUUUUGUGAGAGUCUCGUUUGUACCAUUUGAAUUAUUCACUGCUCAUAAAAAACUAAAUGCAAGAUGCACUAUGCUGGUCGAUAAAGAAAAUGGAUAUCACAUGCCGUCUUGUUUAAAUAGUGUCAGUGUCAGAACGGUGCUUUCUGAAGACUAUAACUAUUGCUCAUAUUUAGGGUAAGUUAUUCGUCUUGGUUCUGGAGGUGUUUUUCCCAUUAUUUUCUUCCAUAGGGAUUUAGUCCUCUUUCUCUGAUUGGUGGAUCUCACUUCAGGAUCAUGGGUAGUGUGGUUCUUCACCAGAAAUUCUGCUAUUAUACAUGUUUUUAAUGAAGUUGACAUAAGGUGGCUUCAGCAGAAGCAUAUACCAUCGAUUAACAUCCUCAGAGCUCACUGUAGGUCUCUCUUUAAAAGUUUAGAUGUUAUAGUUAAAAAUAAAUUCCUUUAUGGAAAAUAUGAACUGGAUUUUCACUUCUGGAACCAGACUUGCGUGGGGCAAUGCCCUGGUAACUAUCCAUUAGUGGACAAAUUUGCUAACCCUAACCCUAACUAACUCUAAUAACUUCUCUUUUGAAAAUCUAUUUAAAAGCAUUCAAAACGUUUUUGAACUUUAAAGUUUUCAUAUGUGGCAUAAUUCCAUAACUGUUCUGUACUGUUGAACAAAACCCUGAUGCAUUUUCAUUAUUAUGUCCAUCAUAAUACAUAACUCUUGUCUCAGGGUGAUUGUUUAAUGAAAUAUCAUUCGGUGUGACUUUAUAUUUGAAAAGUGUUUAAGGACCAGAAGUGACAUCAUACAGCAGCAUGCAGAACAUAGAUAAAUGUUAGAGGUUAUUACCACCCUUUCAUUUUUGGAAAAUUGAUGAUUUGAUGAUUGAUUGUUUGACU